AUGUAAUUUUCAUUAAAGAUAAAGAGAUGUGAUAAGGAUACUGCUUUAAGAUUUACACAGAGAAGAAUUUGCAAAUGGGAUACCACCAUUAAACAAGAUGGCCCCAGUACGUGUAGAAUAUUGCGACCAAAAGAGAACAAAGAAGUAACAUUGUUAACCUUAUCAAUUCAGAAAAGAAUACAUGGCUGGUAGAACAUUGGACUGGAAAUGUAUUAUGAAAAUAAAGACACCGUAGCUGACAUCCAUCAAUUGCAAUUAGAUUAGGACAAUGAUCUUAUACAAAGAGAAAUUGAAAAAAAUGAAAUGAGAUUAAAAAAUGACUUUAAAAACAAAAUAGCCCAUCUCCAACAGUUCUAUAGAGAACUAAACUAAAAAUACAGUUUCAGUAGCAGUGAUCCCAAUUUUAAAGAAAAAAUUACCAAUGCCAAAUUAGACUUAAUAAGCAAAAGAAAUCAACCUAUUAAGUAUCUUAAGACCAAGGGAAUGAAAUAUAUUGAGUUGUUUAAUGAGAUAAGCCAAAAUAAAAAAUUAGCUGAUCAUGGUUUAUUCAAUAGACUCCAAGUUUUUAAUUAACUCAGAACUGAUGAUUGCAAAGUUAAGGAAAAAUUAUUGGGGGAGCUUUAUAAACAAAAAAAGGAGAGUUAGAGUUUACAUCAUAAAGAGCUAUAACACAAUAUUUAAAUUUAUGAUAAUAUAGAAGAAUAAAGUGGAUAGAUGUUAAAAAUUAUUGAUUAAAAUAAUGACUUCUCCAUGAGUUUAAGAAAAAAUUAAUAAAAACUGAUUGUUUCACAGAGAACUAUAGCUUUUGCUGAAGACUUUAAUAGAACGAAAUACUUGUUUAAUUAUUCAAGUAAGAACUAGAUGCAAAAAAUGUUUGAAAUACCUGAAAUUGCUUAGAUUCCUUAAAGCACUGAAUCCAUAAAAUUAAGGAAGCAUUUUUCUUCUCCUUAAAGUUUGGAUGAUCAUUUUGAUAAUUGUCUUAAUUAAUUUGCACAUGAAGUUCUAGAAUAUCAAUAGGAAAUGCUUGAUAAAGAUAUCACAACAUGUAAUAUUGAAAAAAUGCUGUAAAAAAGAGAAAAUCUAAGAUGUAGUUAAAUAAGGAAGGUUUCUAAGACAUCUCAUAGUCAUUAACCUAGUAUUCACUUAGAGUUCAGCAAAGUGAAAUGCUAGCAUUAAUCUACUAGAGAUAAAGAAUCUACAAAAGCAGGAAACUCUUUCAAUAUUAAAUAACGAUCUUAUCUUGUUAGUCCAUUCAGUAAAUCAUGA